UUGAAUUUGAAUAGACUUUCGGAGGCAACGUCUCCGGUGUACAGCGACACAAAGUCCCAUGCUUUGAAAAACAGAAAUAUGGCGGGAUUCAAGGAUUAUUCUGCAACUCCGGGAAGGGAGCUCGUGUCGGGUUUGUUUUAAAGCUUUGUAAUUUCUUUGUUUGUUUGGCGUGAACAGUUUUCGGUCCCGCUGGAGUUAUUGGUAUGAAAUAAAUAUGCCCUUUCAUCAGAGGACUAUCGAGCCCCGCCGUGUGAGUAGGUUAUCGGCGAAGGAUGGCUGGAAGCCGAGGGAAGAAGCCGGCAAGCGCAAACUGCGAAAGCCUGUUUUAUUCUCAUCACUGGAUGAGGUUAGCUGUCACACGCUCACCAACGUAAUACAUCAACUUUCCGACCUUUCUCGACGUGCCAGCGACAUCUUCCUGGGCAUUGAGAUGGAGGCAGGGAUGGUGUUCAGGAGAUCCUGCAGGAUUGAGGAGCGCCUGCAGAUUCUGCAGGAUGAAGUCCGCAAGUUUGAUCCCAAGAAAAUCAAAAUCCCGGUGUCUAACCUGGAUGAGGAGAGCAAGUGGACGGUUCACUACACAGCUCCAUGGCACCAGCAGGAGAACGUCUUCCUGCCAGGAAGCAGGCCACCCUGCGUUGAAGACCUCCACCGCCAGGCCAAAGUCAACCUCAAAACUGCCCUGCGAGAAUGUGACAAGUUGAGGAAAGAUGGUUUCCGGAGCUCGCAGUACUACUCUCAGGGUCCCACCUUCUCUGACCCCAUUCAGUCCACCAGCAGCCUGCAGGAUGAUGGGGAUGAUGAAAAUGACAAGAAGUCCACUGCUUCAUCGCUGGAGGACGACAAAUCUCAGCUCUCCAUGAGGUCCCAGACGCCUCAGGCUGGGGGCGAAGGAGGGGAGGGGUCCGACAUUGACAGACAGGUGGUAUGGAACAAGGCCGCCCCCCUCCCCACCCCGGAGGAGAAGAUGAGGCAGGCAGCUCAGGCCGUGCCCACAGACAUAGUUGCCAUCAAUGUCACAGGGGCAGUGUUUGACCGACAGGCGAGCAUCCGGCGCUCCCUCAUUAACACUGACACCGUGUCCCGUCGGCCCAAGAAGGUCAAACGCAGAAAGACUAUAUCAGGGCUGCCUGACAACCUCAACCUGGAGCUAGCAGCAAAAGGACACGGCGGAGAUCUCCGGCCACAUUCUAUGUUCCUCCCUGGACAGUACUCCACAUUGGGCCGAGCUGGGAGUGUCAGCUCCACUCUCCGACGUUCAGUGACCAGAGACUCGAGCUGCCAGACAGAAGAAGUAAAGAUUGUGCCCCCGUCCAUGAGAAGAAUUCGAGCACAGAGAGGACAGGGAAUCGCUGCUCAAAUGGCUGGCAUAUCCGCUUCCUCUUCAACAGGAAGUAUAUCCAUCUCCAGCAGUGACAGCUCUGGAAUACUGAUGCUGCCGCAGCAUUUUAAUGGAGACCCUUCGCGUUUUCACAGUCUGCCCCGACAGGGCGCAAGAGUGUCGCUCAGUGCCGAUCCCAUCUAUAGCAGCACACCCAUCAAGUCGGAGGAACAGCUGCACAGACAAAUUGGAAAGCUUCAGGUUGAUGACACUGCAGUACACAUGCGAAAUGCCCCAAGGACAGGAACUUUGCCCAGGCCCAAGUCCCAGGAGGUGAAGGGUACACAAUCCAGUGAGUGGGGUGGGGGUCCAGCAUGUGCGGUCUCCCCUCAUGCUGCCUAUUCCACCUCAUUCAUCCCCAAUGCCACCAUGUCUAGUUCCUCUGAGGUUAUUACCCUCAACACCUUGAGUCAGCUCACCCAGUCCCCAGUCUCAGCUUACCCCACAGCUCGACCACUCAGUCGGGCUUCCUCUACCAACACUGAGCCUCUGACCUCUAGUCCAGCAGCCUUCACCCACAGCACCACCUGCCCUGCCUUGGCCACUUCUACUCCUGUUCACACACCACAGGAUAGUGGUCUGAAAGUCACAGCACCUGCUAGUGAGUCAGGUCACUCAGACAGUAGUGUCCACAGCCACAGCACCUUGGCCCCGACUCCACCAUCUUGUCUGCCAGAGGAACAGUGGAUCUACGACACACCAGAAAAUGUGGUGGCUCCACACCGCACUCUGACCUCCAGCUGCUCCACUCCUAUCAACCAGCUCUAUGGCAGCCUGGAGCAAUCCUCUAGGACCACUACAGAUUCCAGCUCUGUUUACUCCCAGGACAAUGACGGAUACUACACCUCUAUGCACUUGGACUCGGGCCUGCGCUCUCGCAGUCACGGUAGCGGCCAUGGGGUAGCAGCUGGACGGGCCACCAGGCACAGCAUGUAUGAGUGCCGCGAGAUGGCUAAUCAGGAGGACUCUGGAAGCCUGUACAGUGACCACUCUCUAUCCCGCAGCAUAUCUUUACGCAAAGCCAAGAAGCCUCCGCUGCCACCAGCUCGUACAGAUUCUCUCAGACGCAAGCCUGCUGCAAAAAUGCCCCCCGGAGGUGUUAGCGCCAUCAACGGUGCCAACGGGGAAAGUGGCGCAACACUUAAUGAAACUCUAAUUGCAAGUUUGCAGCAGAGCCUGCAAAUGGGGCUGAGAGGGGGGAAGGGAAAGGGUGCGUCACCAUCAUCAACUUCUCACAGCCCAAGUAGUGAUUAUGAUGACCCUUGGGUGCUCAGGCCACGCAGUCAGAGUAGCAUCAGUGCAGGUAGCUCCGCAGCAUCACUAGCAGCUAACGCAAAUGGUGGCGGUGUGUCUAAUGUGUACUCACUAUGUCAUGUGACACCUGCCCACAGUGACACCAGCAGUUUGCGUUCUGACUACGCUGACUCCUGGGGCUACUACAUGGACUACCCUCGUAACAAUGGAGACCAGGGGGUGCAGACCCCUCCGGCCCACACCACAGAUAACAUGCCAGCUGGUGUUCACCCAGGAGUCUUACAGAAUGGAGGAAAGAUUCACAACAGUCAGACCCCCGGAGCUCCGGGUCAGGAGGGAGAGGUGUCAGUGAAGCCCAAAACAUCCACCUCCUCACCAGACCGGGUGCAUAGACUGACCUCCCCAUCUAGUGGUUACUCCAGCCAGUCCAACACUCCCACAGCUGGAACCCCAGUGCCCGUGUUCGCAAGGUCCAUGUCUCCCUCAAGCGGCCGGCCUAAGCCCAGAGUCCCCGAGAGGAAGUCAUCUCUCCUCUCUUCCGUUUCCAUCUCCUCCUCUUCUACCUCCCUUUCCUCCAACACUUCAGACUCACUUAAGAGCAAUGGUCCUCCUCCUCCACCACCCCCACCUCUUCUGCUCUCCUCCUCAGUUCCCAACACCCCUCUCAGCCCACCUCCACCCUUCCCUCCCCCUCUACCACCAAGCUCAAGCACAACUUCCCUGACUCCGCCGCCAGCUCCCCCAUUACCAACCACUCCUCAGGGAGCUUCUCUGAGCCUGAACUCUCCUUGCUCCACUUCCCCAGAAUUCCCUCCUCCUCCAUCCCCUGAGUUGCUGAUUCACCCGAGUUCAUCUCCCAAUGGGAGCUUCAGUCCUCCUCCUCCUCCUCCACCCCCACCCCCUCCUCCAUUGCCAGCUUUUGUUACAGCUUCCUCCUCCCCAUCUUUUAAGAAGGCAUUAAAGGAUGCUCCUAAAGCAGCUCCUUCCAACAGUCCCACAAAUUCACCUAAGCCCCUGAUCACACCAUUUGCACUGCAGAGUGUUCAGCUUCGUUCAGUCAAGCGGUCAGAGAAGGAGAUCAAUGGCAAAUCAGAUGACAACAAAGCUGAGAAAAGAGGGAUGGACUUUCUUCAGGGGCUAAAGCCUCUGAGCCUGGAUAGCUCUUACUCUCAAGAGCAUCCCACUGUGUUACCCCUGUUGAACAGCUCUCUGGAAGAUGAUUCCCAUUAUUCCUCACCAUCGCCUGUUUCAAAGCUCUUGGAAGAGUUGUCACUGGAUGGCAGCAUCACAGAUGACUCACCAGACAGUGCUGUCAUAAAUGGAGAAGCUGAAGACAAGAGUUACACACUUUUCAAUGGGAAAGAAAAAGAGGAAGCACUUGCAUUGCCCAGUCCCGCACAGAGCCACGAAAGCUCUCCCGUCAAGCAGAAGGCCCCACCCCCAGCAGUCUCAAAGAAACCCAAAUUGCCCCUUGUCCCAUCAGUUAGCCCCCAAACAAUAAAUAGCCAGGUUCCAUCUCAACAGGAAGAGACUAACCUCCCCCAAACAGAAGACCAAGUAGAUGCUCUGCCAAGACAAACAGAAGAAGAGGUGAAAGAGAGGGAAAGUGAGCAUCAGGAGGAGAAAGAUGACACUAUAGAGAGCUCUGAGCAGUUAGCAGAGAGCAGUGGAGAAUCCACUGAAACCCGAGACAAGUCCUAUAUCUCUACAUCUGCUGGCAAGGAGACAUAUAGUGACCCUGGGCUUUGUACCAAUGGAGAGGCUCAUGAAGAAGACGAAGAAGAGUGUGAUGGGGCAAGCAGCACCACAGGGUCCAUCAGCUCCAAGGACGACGAUGCAGGUGACGUUUUUGACUCCAGUACGGCUGAGUCGUCUCCAGCCCCGUCAGCCAACGGGGCAUCCGAGGAGAACAUGGUAACCCCGACUCCCACACGACCCCGAACCACCGAGGACCUCUUCGCCGCCAUUCACAGGUCAAAGCGCAAGGUCCUGGGUCGCAGGGAGUCUGAGGAGGACAAGUCCCGGGGUGGGAGCCAGCCGCAGUCUCCGCCUGCCACCCCGACGAGCCUGUCUCCGGGGAUGGUGUCGUCAUUGCCCCGUCAGAUGGGCUCCAUCCAGCGCAACCUCCGCAAGUCUUCCACCAGCAGCGACACCUUCAAGGCCCUACUCUUGAAAAAGGGAAGCCGCUCUGAGACGAGUUUCAGGAUGUCUGCUGCUGAGAUGCUUCGUUCCACUGACCCACGAUCCCAGAGAACACGGUCCGAGUCAGCGUUGGACUCCCCUACUGCUUCGCCCUCCUCACCGAUGGCCCCACACAGCCCAGCCAGUUCCCCGGGUCGGGGUAAGAGGGCAGCAGAUGAGUGGGCCCGUUACGAGGCCUUGGCCUUGUCCUCACCAACUUCGUCGCCCUUUUCAAUGGGCGGGUUUAAGUAUGGGCGCUCUCGAACGCCGCCCUCUGCCGCCAGCAGCAAGUACAACGCUCGCAGCCGCAUCCUCAGCAGCCCAAUGACGGUAAUCUGUGAACGGGAAGGGGAACUGGCUGAGAGCGAAUAUGGAGACACCGUGGAAAGUCUGUCUCAGCCAGCACUUCAGGCUCUCCCUGUGCUCAAAGACUCCAAUGGCACUUUAUCUGAAGAAAGCAGAAGUUAGAAGAGCAGGAGCCACCCCUUAGGUUUGGGGAGCUGAAUUUAUUCAUUGUAACCAGGCAGGGAGCUGGAAGAGGAGCCCGACACAAGGCCCUAUAGAGACACCUUCCUGAGCUCCACCUCCCCCUCUGCCUCUGAGGGAGUGGAAAUGUCUGGUCCUGAUGCUGAGCCGGCUGUUGCUCCAUCACGAACCGGACAGAACGUAGUCUGAAGUGGAGAACUGGACUUGCUCCGGCUUUUUAUAACUGCCACGAUUCUCAUUCUCUCCUUUCGUUUGGUGAUUCACCCUUUUUGUUAAAAGAAUGAUGUUUCUUUUAGACCUGGUGUUCCUAGUUUGUUUGACAUUUGUUUUUCUGUUUUCUUUCUAACUUCAUCCUGCAGGAGUCCUUGUAGUUUCACUGAAGGACUAAAAGUUGAGAUGGCAAACUUAAGUGAAUUGAAGGAUUGGAAAAGUCACUAACUGUUCGCUUAACUUUGCUGCUGUGGUGCUACGUAGCUAGGAGAGAGUGGAAUGUAAAGGUGUGCAGGACGCUCGCCUUGUAAAUCUUUUCAGUUUUUGCUUUUCCCUUAUCGGCAGUGGGAAGUGUUUGAGAGCACCAUGGCUUGCAAGUGUUGGCUUUAAAACAGCCAAUUUAACACGUGGAACGAGCGAGAGGAUGUGGUACAACAGACGGCUCCACGGUACAACUUCAGCUACGGUUAUCAUCAGGUUUUUUUCCGCUCUUUGGUCGGUGGUUUUAGUUUGCAGAGCUGGUGUGUUCAGGGGUCCAUAGGAAGUGCAGAGGGCUCAGUGCUGCCACCUAGUGAUGGGAACAGUGUGGAAAAAUAGUUGUGGGAGGGAUACAAAAAGUUCAACCAAAACACCAAAUUGAAUCUAUGAAAAGGCUAAUAAAAGCAGAAUUUUAGGUUGUAGAAUUUGCACUGUGCACAGGUCUUUUUUUUUUUUUCUUUUUUUUUGCGUGUGACUUUAAAAAAAUUGUUUUAAUAAACCAGUAAUAUCAUGUCAUGUCAUGUCAUGUCAUGUGUUUGGGAGUAUGAAACUAUAAAUGUAAAACUAGGAAUAACACUAGAUUAAAAAGAUUAUUUUAUUAUCUUUUAGUGAUUGCGUGGGUUACCAAAGAGCAUGAAAAAUUGAACAGAGCUGGCUGUUAAUCUGGACGUGAGAGCAAUCUGAGAGUCUUGACGGCUUGUCUGGCACCCCGUGCAUAUGGCCCACCUAUUGUUAAGCUUGCUGAGAAGCUCUACUUUUAAGACCCUUUUAGGGCUUAAAUGAUUUCUAUAAUGCUGUUGACCUUUCUGUUUCUCCUUAUGCAGUUUUAUAUGGUUCUGUAUGUAAAUACAUAGAGAAUUGAGUUUUAAGUCACAUUUGACCUAUUUUCAAAGACUUUGUACAUUUUUUUUAGAGCCCUCUGUUUGCUGAAAGGGAGUGGUUUCCUUUUUGUAGAUUAUUUAUUUUCACAUAGGAGGGCAUCGGUAUAGUAAACUGGUCAGAAUCAGCUGACAGGUGAUUGAGGCACAGGAAAGAGAGGUUAGGGGUUAAACAGAGAAAUCAAAGAGCCACAUUUAGCUGGAUGACCCCAGCGAGCUAUUAUUCUGUUAAAGAUACGUCAAAAAUGCAAUAAUGUCAAUUUUAACGCUUAAGCCUUCUACUGCCCUUAACUUUAAGUCAUGCAAAUCCCACACUAGUGCUCACAGCUGAAUAAAUGUGGUCUCUUUAGGUGACAGGCGUGAGACUUCAUAACCUCCUAACAGCCAUAACAGCCUGUGUGUUAAUCACCUGUGACCAAAAUGUGUCUCCCAGAGCUCGCCUAGCCAUGAUUGAGCACCCAUGAAAGGAAGCAUCUGUGCCAGAGAGCUUGUGAAAAAAAGAUGAGAGGACAGAAGAAGUAGUGGGAGUGGAGCUGAAGGCAGGCUGCUAACGCUCUCGUGUAUGUAUGUGUAAUAAAAAAACA